GUAUAAAAUCAUAACUUUUUGUGAUGCUUCAGCAGAGCACUCAUUUCGAGACCCGUUAUUCAUUAGCCCCCAGAUUAAACAGAGACAUUGCCGUAAUAACUGUACAUAGACUCAUGAGCACACACACACACACAACACACGUAAGCAUGACCAUGCACGUCUUUAAAAUGUUCGUGGGCUGGCUGCCUAUGGCAGAGAAAAAGCGGGCAGCGGGCGGGGGGUUAAGCGGUUCUGCGGUCCAGUCGGUGCGCGCCGGCUCGCGAAGAGAGCGCACCAGUUUUGCGCCCUCUGCUACACGGACCGCCGCAGCCGCUCGGAAAAUGGGAAACCAGGAGCGGCGACCACUUCCAACUGUUCGUUUCCAGCGGGAUGGGGCUGUAGAGACGCCGUUACUGUGAGCUGCCUGAAUUUAAAGAAAAAAAAAAAACAACAACCAGAACUGGAGAACUUUAUCAGCCUGCAGAAAUGGAGUAUCUUACUUUGAUUUUGUCAGCUGCGCUUUUUCUGUCCGUCCAGCGGAACAAGUUUACCAGGGCGAUGAUGAGUGAUAUUGGAGACUAUGUAGGUACAGACAUUGAAAUAUCCUGGUUACCUAAUCUGGAUGAUUUAAUGAAGGGGUAUGCACGUAAUUUUCGUCCUGGGAUAGGAGGUCCUCCAGUGAACGUAGCCAUGGCUAUAGAAGUAGCCAGUAUCGAUCACAUCUCAGAAGCAAACAUGGAGUACACGAUGACAGUGUUUCUGCGUCAGAGCUGGAGGGAUGACCGUCUCUCAUACAACCACACCAACAAGACGCUUGGCCUGGACAGCCGAUUCGUCGACAAGCUGUGGCUCCCUGACACAUUCAUCGUCAACGCCAAAUCCGCCUGGUUUCACGACGUCACGGUGGAGAACAAGCUGAUCCGCCUGCAGCCUGACGGAGUUAUCCUGUACAGCAUUCGAAUUACCUCAACAGUGGCAUGUGACAUGGAUCUUACCAAAUAUCCCAUGGAUGAACAGGAAUGCAUGCUGGAGCUGGAGAGCUAUGGUUACUCUUCUGAGGACAUUGUGUAUCACUGGUCCGAGAGUCAAGCUCAUAUACAUGGGCUGGAUAAACUGGAACUGUCCCAGUUCACCAUUACCGACUACAGAUUUGACACAGAGAUGAUGAACUUCAAAUCAGCUGGUCGCUUUCCCCGGCUGAGCUUAUGUUUCCAGUUACGGCGGAAUCGGGGAGUGUACAUCAUCCAGUCCUAUGUGCCUUCCAUACUGUUGGUUGCCAUGUCCUGGGUUUCCUUCUGGAUCAGCCAAUCAGCAGUGCCUGCAAGGGUGUCAUUAGGGAUCACGACAGUCCUCACCAUGACCACUCUGAUGGUCAGCGCACGCUCCUCUCUCCCCAGAGCAUCUGCCAUCAAAGCCCUGGACGUCUACUUCUGGAUCUGCUACGUCUUCGUGUUCGCGGCCCUGGUGGAGUAUGCCUUCGCCCACUACAACGCCGACUACAUGAGGAAGCAGAGGGACAAAAUCAGAGCCAACAAAAUGGCAACAGAGUCCAUUGUGAAGAAAGGCAAGCAAGCCAUGGUCCUCUUCUCCCUGUCGGUAACGGGGAUGAACCAGGGCUUGCUCGUUUCCAACCGGCAGAAGCGUGCGCAGAGGGCUCCUGGCGUUCCCUGCGGCGCGGACGAGGCAGAGAAUGGCAAGACGAAGGGUAAGAAGCAGGAGGGGAGCGAAGAGAAAAAGAGCAGUCUGAAGUCGGUGUUCAAACCCAUCGAUGCGGACACCAUCGAUAUCUACGCCAGGGCGGUCUUCCCAGCAGCCUUUGCGGCGGUCAAUGUCAUCUACUGGGUGGCUUACACCAUGUGAGCAGGAGCGCCACAUGGACAAUGUGCAUGGCGUACCUUGACAAUGGCGGCCAGUAGCUCUUGAACGCUGUGAUUCACAAGGGAUUUGUCCCCUCAAGUUCCAAAGACGAGUUCAAGAUAAGAUAGGAACCCCAGCACUAAAAACGAUGGAUUAUUCCUUGUGGAACAGAAAUCCCCCCCACCCCACACACACACAGGUCAGUCCUGUGUCAUCCUGUGUCACAAGGGGAACUGGAAGGAAAGAGUUCUUGGACAGUAGCCACGUCUGCCAUAUUGCACUCUACAGUACAUUCUGGUCAGCUCUGUGUCUGUUGUUCAAUACUUCAGUUCACAUCCUCAAGGCCUUCAUUCGGUUGCUUUUGUAUCUGUGUCCGCGCUUGUUUACCCUGAGCAAAUUAAAUAACCCCUCAACAGGGAGACAGGAGGAGACGGCCACCCUUCUAUUUGCAUAGGCAAAAAGUAGUACUGGUACAAUCGAAACAGCAACUGCAAGAUCAAGAGAACAGCGCAAUGCCAGUCAUACUGUAUAACACAUGAUAUGUCAUCCUGCAUGCUAAUACUCUGUCUUUAACUUUUACCUCCAAUGCACUCACACUGUCUUUUGGUUAGUUUUUAUUACACUAAGUUUAUUACAUGGGAUAUCUUACCACAUCCUGUCAAUCUCUCUGUUUGCAGAACAUUAAAAGCAAUUGUUUGAUCACCUAUAUUUGUCCCCUUUGUCACAUCAUUUCUGCAUUGACUUAAAGGUUGAUCUUUUCUUUGAGGAUGCCUUUGCUACAGUAUACUAAAACAAAUGUUGCUAUAAUAAAAUGGAGAUGAUUAGAAAUUAUUAAGACUCUUGUUUCAAAUGCAGGUUGAGCCCUAUUGCUCAGUCAUCCCUGAACUGAAUCUUUUCUAUUUCAUAAUAUAGCUUAAUACUUGAACAAGAAAUGAAUUGCAUUACUCCUAUGAGAUAUUAUUUUGAUAACUCACAUAACCCAAUAAUAUGGUGUGAAACCAAGUGUUAUGAUGGAUACAGCAUAACUGAUAUUAUAAGAAUUCUAUGACUCGUGUCUAGUUGAAAACAAUGUUUGUCAUUUUUCUGAUGUUAUUCAUACAAAAAUUAAAUAAAAGCCUACAUUUCUGUUAA